AUGGAGGCCGUCCCUCCGGUCAGAUCCAGCCUCUCGGGAACUCUGCUGCUGGUGGUGAAGCUGUCCACACUGCUCGUCCAGAACCGGGCCCACCUCUACAACUUCCUGCUCCUCAAGAUCUUCCUCUUCAACCACUGGCUGUCGGGGCUGACCCGGGAGGCCCAGGGGUCCCACCCACCCCCCAGGAUCGCCGGCUGCCCCGUGGGCCGGGUUCUCCGGGCUGGGCUGAUGCUGCUAGAGGUCCCUGUGUGCCUGGCCCUGCGGGUGCCCAGGCUGGUGUGGACAGGCCUGCUGGGCUGUGCCCGGGCCUUAGGCCUGGCCCCGAAGUGGCUGGGGGCCUGGGAGCAGAUGGGCCUGUCUGCAGCCACCUGGACGGACCUGUUCCUGUCGUGUCUGCACAGCCUGAUGCUGGCUGCGUUGCUGUUGCUGCUGCUGGUCUGGAGACUGUACCGGAAAGCCCAGUGCUGCAGCCUGGGCCGGCUGCCCAGGAAGGCUCUGCUGGAGAACUGCGUGGUGCGGAGGUCACUGGCGCUGCUGAAGAGUCUGUACUCGUGGGUGGAGAGCAGAGUAGCACUCACCUCCUGGCACCUGGCCUACCUCAUCACCUGGACCACCUGCCUUGCCUCCCACCUGCUGCAGGCCGCCUUUGAGCACACAGCGCAGCUGGCCCAGGCCCAGGAGGCCGAGCCUCAGAAGGCCUUGGGGCUCUCGCCUGAGACCCCGCCCCCUGGGUCCCCAGCCCCCGAGGCCAGGCCAGUCCUGCCAGAGCCUGGAGAAUAA